GGGUGGGUCAAUGAAAGCUUUCUAUCUCUCCAAAAACCUCAGUCGAGGCUCUCCAAUGCCUCAAUCACCACUUCGACGAUGAAGAUCACUCGAAGCACUGACCUCCCAUCAAUUCUCUCUUCCAAACCCCUAAACCCAUCUCCAGAUUCAGAUCUUUUUCACAAAUCCAAGUCUCAGAGACCACCUCGCCGGAAAUCCAGGAGCCCCGGCUGUUCCGUCGCCGGACUAAGGCUAAAGAGGGACGUUGCUCCGGCAGCUAGGAGGAGCAGACCGGAAACCCCUCUCCUCCGCUGGAAGUUCCAUGACGGAGCUAAGGAACAGAAGCCUCCGCCGGAGUUGGGUCGGAAAAGUCGCCGGAAGGAGAGAGGGAUACUCGAAUGGAGAUGGGUGGUAUCUUCGAGGAAGCUCGCCGCCGUACUGUGGCGUUUACAAUUGCCGGAGGUCACUCCCGCCGUACUUCCGAAGAAGGACCAGUUAGGGUUUCAGUAUAGAGCCAAUCACAAUAGCAGAGGACAUAGUUAUGAUACAAAGGAUAUGAUGCAGAGUCCUAGAUCAGUCACUGGUCCAAGAAAUGGGCAUUUGUGUAAGUUUGAACCGUCAUUUCAAUUUUCCAACUCCGCUAUGGAGGGUGCAACGAAAUGGGACCCUAAAUGUUUGAAAACAUCAGACGAGGUCAACCAGAUUUAUUGCGCAAAGCAUCUUGACCAACAAAUAAAUGCUAUCUCAGCCGUAUCUGCAAUGGAGGUAGAACUUGAACAAGCCCGAUCCCGUAUCCAUGGGCUCGAGACUGAGAAACAGUCAUCAAAAAAGAAACUGGAGCACUUCUUAAGAAAACUUAGUGAGGAAAGGGCCACCUGGCGGAGCAGAGAACAUGAGAAAGUCCGUGCAAUUAUUGAUGAUGUCAAAGCUGACUUGAACCGAGAGAGAAAAAAUCGCCAAAGGUUGGAAAUUGUUAAUUCCAAGUUGGUCAAUGAGCUGUCUGAUGCCAAGUUAUUGGCAAAGCGCUAUUUGCAGGACUAUGAAAAGGAGCGGAAGUCUAGAGAGUUAAUAGAGGAAGUGUGUGAUGAGCUUGCUAAGGAAAUUGGAGAAGACAAGGCUGAAGCUGAAGCAUUAAAGAGGGAAUCCAUGAAAUUCCGUGACGAAGUGGAAGAGGAGAGGAAGAUGUUGCAGAUGGCCGAGGUUUGGCGUGAAGAACGGGUUCAGAUGAAGUUAAUUGAUGCAAAAGUGAUGGUUGAAGAGAAGUAUUCUCAGAUGAACAAGCUGGUGUCAGAUCUACAGACUUUUCUACGUUCAAGAAGUGCAACCCCAGAUAUGGAGGAGAUGAGAACAGCAGAGUUCCUCCGACAGGCUGCCGCCUCUGUGAAUUUCCAAGACAUCAAUGAAUUUAAAUAUGAGCCACCAAAUCCAGAUAUUUUCUCUGUUUUUGAAGAUAUUAAUUUCGGUGAAGCCAAUGAGAGAGAUAUUGAACCAUGUGUUGGAUACAGUCCUGCUAGCCAUGCCUCCAAGGUUCAUGCUGUGAGUCCCGAAGUUAAUGCUUUUAAUAAAGACGGCAUGCAGAUGCAUUCUAAUGCAUAUUUCGAUCAGAAUGGUGAUAUAGAAGAAGACGGGAGUGGGUGGGAAACUGUUAGCCAUCUUGAGGAUCAGGGCUCAAGUUAUUCACCUGAGGGUAGUGACCCAUCUGUCAACAAGAUUCGUCGAGACAGCAAUAUGUCAGGAAGUGGAACAGAAUUUGAAGAAAAUGCAUGCGAUGAGACGCCAAUUACUGAAAUAAGUGAAGUUUGUGAUGCACCAAAGAUGCGUUUGAAGAAAGUUUCAUCCAUAUCCCGGCUUUUGAGAUCAGGCCCAAAUAUUGGUGAGAACUUCAAGAUAAUGUCAGUUGAAGGAAUGAAUGGAAGGCUCUCCAAUGGAAGGCUUUCAAAUGGGGCCAUCAUUUCUCCAGAUCGGGGUUCUGGUGGGCAAUGGAGCUCACCUGAAUCAGGGAAUCCACACAUAACUCGAGGGAUGAAAGGGUGCAUUGAAUGGCCACGUGGCAUGCAGAAGAGCAGUUUAAAAUCGAAGCUUUUGGAGGCGAGGAUGGAAAGUCAGAAGAUCCAGUUGCGGCAAGUUCUUAAACAGAAGAUUUGAGAAGUAGCAAGUUUUGCAUAUUCAUUGCUGCCUCAUGAAUUUUCUCAUCAACUGAGAUGGAAAUGUGUGGUUUUUCUUCAAACCAUGCAAGGCUUUUCCAUCUUCUGCUGAUUGAAACUGCCAUUUUCGCACAAUUCAACCAUGCUUUGGUAAGAGUUUGAACUCUCAUUGCUUCUGUUAGCCCCUUGGCACGGCAAUAUUGAUCUUGAUCAAUCAAGGGAGGCUACUUGCGGCCAUGUGCCGCUGCAUCACAUUUUGGUUGUUUAGGUUUAGGUUACAUUGUAGGGUCCUCUUUGCAAAAUGACUCAUAAAAGGAGCUUAUGCUAUUUGUAUUUUGUACUGUACUAGUUACCAAAAAUCAAGGAAAAUUAGUUUGUAGCA